AGAGGGUGGAGGGAGAAGGAGAGACGGAGUCGAUGCAAAGUGCUCGAGGAAGAGGAAAAAGUUGUGAAGGCAGAGCGAAAGAGAGAGAGCGAGAGAGAGAGCGAGAGCGAGAGAGAGAGAGAGAGAGAGAGAGAGAGAGGAGGUCUCUGCUUCCUGCCGUCUCUCGGUAGUUGUAUGCCUCCGCUCCGUGAGUGCAGACCCUCCACCUGGUCUCCCGGAUCAGAACCUUCUCCCCCGGACCGAGGACCAUGGAGCUGCUAUGCCUGGAGGCGGCGGUGCGGGCCCGGCCCGACCCCGUGCUGCUGGGCGACCAGCGGGUCCUGCAGAGCCUGCUCAGCAUCGAGGAGCGCUUCCUCCCCCAGGUCCCCUACUUCAAGCUCUUCCAGAAGGAGCUCCAACCCUACAUGAGGAGGAUGGUGGCCACCUGGAUGCUUGAGGUCUGCGAGGAGCAGAAGUGUGAGGAGGAGGUUUUCCCGCUGGCCAUGAACUACCUGGACCGCUUCCUGGCCGUGGUCCCGACCCAGAAGAGGAACCUGCAGCUGCUGGGCGCCGUGUGCAUGUUCCUGGCCUCCAAGCUGAAGGAGACGCGGCCGCUGACGGCCGAGAAGCUCUGCAUCUACACGGACAACUCCAUCAGCCCGGGCGAGCUGCUGGACUGGGAGCUGGUGGUUCUGGCUAAGCUGAAGUGGAACCUGGCCGCGGUGACGCCGAACGACUUCAUCGAGCACAUCGUGAGACGCCUGCCGCUCACAGAGGAGAAGCUCACACUCGUACGCAAACACGUGACCACCUUCAUCGCCCUCUGCGCCACAGACUUUAACUUCGCCAUGUACCCCCCCUCCAUGAUCGCCACGGGCAGCGUGGGCGCGGCCGUCAGCGGACUGCAGCUGGAGAUGGCGGGGGGGCGGGGCCACUGCCUCACCGCCCUGCUCGCCAAGAUCACCAACACAGAAGUGGACCUGCUGAAGGCGUGUCAGGAGCACAUAGAGCGUGUGUUGGUGAGCAGCCUCCUUGAGGGCCGGCAGCAGCAGCAGACACAGCCCAGCGAAAAGGGCCUGGAGGAGCAGGACCAGGCCUCCACCCCCACAGACGUCCGCGACGUCGACUUAUGAACAGCAGGGGGCACCGUUGCAACGAGAUGUUUUUCUUUUAAGAGGAAAAAAACGAACGUUAAAGAAAAAGAGUAUUUUGGGGGGGAAAAGAGGGAAAAAAGCAACAUAACAACAAAAACGUUUAAAAAGUCAAAAAGCCCUUGAGCGAGAGAGGGAGAGAGAAGAAAAGCUUUCUAGUUUUUGUAGAUUUAUAUUUUUCAAUGCAAACAAAAAAAAGUCCCCUAGACGUUAUCGACGCUCUGUCUCCUCCAUCCGAGAGGAUCGAACAGGAGCCAGCGUGGACCGGGCUCUGGGUCCUGGGUAUAGGGUCUGGGUUCUGUGUUAUGGUCCUGCUGUGGGUCCAACCGGUCUACCAGACCCUCAGGCCUCUCAGGACAGGGAGGAGCUCUCAGCGGCGCCGGGACACCAGUCUCAUCUCCAUGGAAGGUUCUGCUCAGUGGAAGAUAUCAAAUAGAGAGAGAGAGAGAGAGAGAGAGAGAGAGAGAGAGAGAGAGAGAGAGAGAGAGAGAGAGAGAGAGAGAGAGAGAGAGAAAGAGCGAGAGAGAGAGAGAGAGAGAGAGAGAGAGAGAGAGAGAGAGAGACAUUGAUAAGGAGAUGUAAUGUUAGAGGAUCCCAAAUAUAGAGAAUUAUUCUUAUUGUAUCAUUAUUAUUAUGAUAAUUAUUAUUACCAUACUAGAAAAUAUUAUUUUGAAUUGAGAUUCAUAGGAAUCAAUAAGCUUGUUUUUUGAAUGUCUGUACGGGAGCUCAGCCUCUCUGCGCGUGUGUGUACAUGUGUGUGUGUGUGUGUAUGUGUAUACUUACGUGUGUGAGUGAAUACGUACUUGUGUGUGGGUGUAUACGUACAUAUGUGUGUGUUUGCGUGUAUUCGUACGUGUGUGUAUACGUACAUGUGUGUGUGUGUGUGUGUUUGUAUGUGUAUAAGAUCUUGUGUGUAUGUUUAUACGUAAGUGUGUGUGUGUGCAUACUUACGUGCAUGUGUGUAUAUGAAUGCGUGUACGUACUUGUGUGUGUAAGCAUUUGUAUGUGUGUGCUUGUGUUUUCUUGUGUGUGUGAGCAUGUUGUGGUUUGCUGCAGUAGUGAUUCUGUUGCUAUAUUGCGAUGUGCUUUUUAAUGCAUGAAGCACUUGAGCAAAGAUGAACUUGAUGGAGUCAAAGCGCCAACAGAUCAGACUUUAGCUAGUACCUAACCAGUACCUAAACCAGUACGUAUUAGUUUUACACGUAUGGAAUGGGACGGUAAGCUCCUAAUCUUCCCGCCCGGGCCCUUAACUUAGGCGAUAUGUAAGGGGCUGGGAUUUUUUCAGCAGAAACCGCCUAAUAUUUCCAUGACAUGUAGGCAUUCUGCUGUGUGUGUGCGUGCGUGUGUGUGUGUGUGUGUGUGUGUGAAUGCGUACAGUGUGUGGGUUGUAAGCUGAUUCAGCACAGGGACAGAGGUGUCUGGAGAGAGACCAACAGAUCCAUCCAGUUCAAUCCACAUCCGGUUGAAUCCAUCCCGAAAGGAUCUUCGUAGAAAAGCACUUUGAUAAAUGUUCUCCCCAAAAUAGAAUGACCAGAAAACGAUUGAGGUGCUGAUUAGAGAUGGAUGGAUGAGGGAUGUUACUCUGAACACCCCCCCCCCCCCCCCCCCCCCCCCCCCGCGGAACCCCUCUCUGCAAGGAGAACCAGGGGUGCUCCCUGUUCCGAGGACAUCCCUGUUGAAGGCGUUCCACAGUGUGAAUGAGGAGGAGAACCUGAUGUUCAUCUGAUUAGAUCUGAUGUCAAAAACAGUCAGGAGCCACAUCUGUAGAUUCCAUUUGGUUUUCUAUCAUAAAAAAAGGAAUAAAACAAUUUACUUGAAAUCUUUUGACACUUCUGCUCCACGUCAAAACAUAAGAUAAAAAACAGAAGCAAGUUAAUGAUAUUAAAGAAAGGACCAUGGAUCAUCAUCAUGUGUCCUGCAGGCCGCUGGAACAGUUUGACCUGUUACUCUGAGACCCCCCCCCUGGUUGGGUUAGGGUUAGGGUCAAGAUACUUCAGAGGACCAGGUCCUCUGAAGACCUGGUCUUCAGAGGACCUGGUCUUAAAGGACCUGGUCUUCAGAGGACCUGGUCUUCAGAGGACCUGGUCUUAAAAGACCUGGUCUUCAGAGGACAUGGUCUUAAAGGACCUGGUCUUCAGAGGACCUGGUCUUCAGAGGAGCUGGUCUUCAGAGGACCUGGUCUUGAAGGUCCUGGUCUUGAAGGAGCUGGUCUUGAAGGUCCUGGUCUUGAAGGACCUGGUCUUGAAGGAGCUGGUCUUGAAGCUCCAUGUACCUUCUAAGGUGUUGCUAAGCUCUGCUCAGCUCAGGGUGACGGCUAAGGAAAAGAAAAAACUUGGAGGUUUGAGGAAACAAUUGUGGUGUUUCAGCAUCAAAGAAAGAAAGAGAGGCCAGGGGUCGGGGGCCAGAGGCUGGGGGCCAGAGGCCAGGUGUUGGGGGCCUGAGGCCAGGGACCAGAGGCCUGAGGCCAGGGGCCAGGGGCCUGAGGCCAGGGGCCAGGGGUCAGGGGCCUGAGGCCGGGGGCCAGAGGCCGGGGGCCGGGGGCCAGGGGCCUGAGGCCAGAGGCCGGGGGCCAGGGACGGUCGGGGAGCGUUCAGAUAACAAACAACCAAAACACCGUUCAGAAGCAGCUGGGUGCUGAGCCUGAGGGUCCUAACGCCACAAACCUGUUACCUGUCUGUGUAUCCAGUCCACCUUUGGAUGUGUGUGUGUGUGUGUGUGUGUGUGUGUGUGUGUGUGUGUGUGUGUGUGUGUGUGUGUGUGUGUGUGUGUGUGUGUGUGUGUGUGUGUGUUUGGAUGUGUGUGUGUAUUUGGAAGUGUAUGUAUGUGUUUGAUUGUGUGUGUGUGGUUGGAUGUGUGUGUGUGUGCGUUUGGAUGUGGAUUGACCACAUACACAAUAGGUCUGAGUUUUUCUAAAGUUGAGAGCUACUGUAUUCCAAAGUGAAGAGACAGAGGAACGGGUGUGAAGACAGAAAGAAUAGUGUCAAUAAUUUUGAUUUAAUGUUGUCUAUUUUGCGCUGCUAAAAGCUAUGAUUUUUUUGUCAUUUCUUAUAAACAACAAAAUAACAUUACCUAGUUGUGAUGGGUCACUUGAGUGUGCUGCUAUUUUAUAAACUUUGUGUUAUAAUAUAAUUAUUUUACUGCUUAAGAGAUGCAUUCAGAAAUCAUGCCGGGGCGAACAGUAGUGGACUGGAAACUUACACACGCACACACACACACACAUGCUCACAAAGAACACACAUGACCACACAAACACGCACACACACACACGGACCUCCAGUCCCGGGCAGAUCUGCGUUGUUGUGUAUUGUUUCACAUUUUGUUUUGUUUUUGAGUUUUUUGGGGAGGAGGUCUUCUUGUUGGACACUUCAGGAUCUCACUUGGACUCCAGCUGUAUGGGAGGGGGGGGGGGGGGUCUGAGCCUGGUUUCUCAUGGUUCCUCAUAGGGUUCCAGAGGUCAGCUUGCCCCGCCCCCCGGGUAUACAGCACCAAUCACAUCAUGUACCUCAAUGUCUGCUGCUCCACCUUGGUCAAUAAACUUCUGCUUUCAGA